CCGGGAGGAAAGGGUGUGGUUUAAUAUUAGUUUUGUUUCUUAUCUGCAAACUGAAGAUUACUCAGACUCGCAGCAGAGAGCUGUGCUUCCCCUGUUUCUUACUUAGAAUGACGACUUCUCUGACGUGCCUGAGUGGCGUUGAGAAACACUUCUCCUUUCUCUUUCUCUCUCUCAGAUUCUUAUAGCAGGCUACCAUAUAAGUUCUAAUUAACAAGCAGGUUUUGUUAUUUUAACAUACACCUGUCCAUGGGCACAGCUGAGGACAGGGGCGCUUGGAGGUGAUGCUCAGUACCAGACGCGGCUUGAACAAAAAUAUCUGGACCCCUCUGAAACCUCAGUCAGUCACCAACUCCAGCUCCACAGGCCUGGAGAGAUACACUGACCAUGAACAACACAACUGACCCCCCCCCUUGCGUAAACAUAUCGAAAAGCUUCAUCAGCGAUGUGCUCAUGGGUAUAUACAUCCUGGCCUUUGUCCUGGGCCUGAUCUUCAACUUCCUCACUUUGGGGCCCAUCCUGCGUCAGGUGCGCAGUCACAACGUGCUGGGCGUCUACCUGCUGAAUCUGUCCGUCUCUGACCUCCUCUACAUUUUCACCAUGCCUCUCUGGAUUUACUAUUACUAUAGCGACCAUGAGUGGAAAAUGGGGGUCAUCGCCUGCCAGGUGGCUGGCUUCUUCUACUACUCCAACAUGUACCUCAGCAUCUACCUGCUGUGCUGCAUUUCGGUCGACCGCUGCCUGACCAUCACCUUCCCCCUGAGGUCCAAGGCCUUCCGCUGUUCCCGCAACGCCUGGGCCAUCAGCUUGCUGGUGGCCACCGUGAUCAUGAUCCUGCACGCACUGGUUCUGGUGUUCGACAACCAGACGACCCCCCUGGACCGUUACAAACGCUGCUACGAGACCUACCCCAUGACCGUCUUCGUGGCGCUUUUCAACCUGAUCCGGGUGGGGCUGUGCUUUGUGGCCCCGCUCCUGAUCCUGGGGCUGUGCUACUCCCAGAUCUUCUCCAAGGUGCGGCGCAGCACCGGGGUGGAGCAGCAGGUCAAGCGCAAGGUCAAGCUGCUGUCCAUCGGCGUGAUAGUCAUCUUCACAGUCUGCUUCGCCCCCUACCACCUCCUGCUGCUGACGCGCUCCUUGGCCUUCUACUGGAUGGAUGAGGGCAGGAACUGCGAGUUCGAAGAGCAGUUGCACUUCUACUUCUCCUGCACGUUAGCCCUGUCCAGCUUAAACUGCGUGGUGGAUCCUCUGCUCUACGUCCUGGCCAGCAACGGGGUGAAAGACGAAAUUCGCCUGUGCUGCCGGCCGGACAGGAAGGCGGCCCGCACCACCCACCACCUGACGCAACAGACACAUGUCCGCCUCACCAACGUCACGUGAUCCCGGACGAGCCCCCCCGUCUCCCAGCGAGACGCGUGCGCCAGCGUGAAGGCGUUUAGCCCGAGGUCACCCACCACCUGACGCAACAGACACAUGUCCGCCUCACCAACGUCACGUGAUCCCGGACCAAACGUGGGCGCAGGCAUGAGCGCGUUUGUGCCUAAGCAGGAGAGAGGACCACGUGCACGCUUGUGUCCUUCCGUCUGUCUUGUGUGCGUGUGCAAGUUCAGCACGUAUAUUUAAACAGGAAGUGACAUCUGAAGAAGACUGUGAGCAGAUGUGCUUUCAGGAGCACAGCCUGGAAGACUGAACGGUCAGAAACUCUCCCAGGAGAUUAACCAUAGAGUCUACUGAAAUAUUCCUCGAGUGAUCCCCGGCAUUGUUUGGAUUAAAAACAUGGAAGGCGGACAAUUAAUUAUUCAUAGGGAAGCUUUUCUCCAAGCUUUCACACAGUGUAACGUUAUCAGUUGGGGGGUCUUGAACUGUCCAUCACAUGGAGUCAUCUUUGUUUGUAAAUCCAUGCUUUUAACAUGUAAAAAGACUGUGGUUGUGCAUAGCCUCUCAUUUUGUAUUGCCUUUUUAAAAUGCCUGACAUGUGAGUGACAAAUGGUGCAAGCUUUUUUUGCAGAGAUGUUAUUUUUUAUUUAUUUAUUUUCAACAGGAUUUUGCUGUUGGUUUACACUGGCGUUGUAAACUAACACAUAAAUUGAAAAUACUUGAGCUGUUAUCAGAAAGCCUAUAUUUAAUAACCUAUUAUUUUAAUAGGCUCUCAUAAAUAUAUGGAUGUCAAUAGUCCGCUAACAAUAAUUAAUGGAGUUCAUGCUUAAACAUAUUCAUAAGAGACAAAUAAAUUCAAGUUCCUGUGA